CGUUUCUCGCUAUUUUUACGACAGAACUAGUUGGCUUACGGUUCUUGUGGAUUUUGUUUACGCAUAGUAGCAUGCACUCAUGGAAUCUCUGCCGUUAGCUACACUGUGCUGAGUUGUUUCCGCUUCGUAUUUCCUAGUGUGACGGCUGAAGCACAUCCCUGAGUGACAUUGAGCAGCCGGUGCUGACUAUUACACGAUAGCUGAUUGGCGGAAAUUACUUGAAAAUCCUUCCAGCCGCAGGGGGAGCUGUGCAUGCAUAUUCUCUCAGUGGCUUACAUGGAUAAUGCCGCCGACAAAAUGCUUGUAUAUGCAUGCUGCGUAUUCACCCGUUCCUUCGUCUCGGUGCAACCGGCCCGGUUUUUCCUAAACCAUAAGGAUAGGGGUGGGGCGGAUAACCAGGAUCUAGGAUCUAGGGGGUUGCUGACAUGCACAAGAUGCUAUGUCUUGUGACGGCAUGAAAAACUGAUAUGUAAGCGAAUGUUUUUAAAUAGACCGCCUAUUGGAAGCGACCCCAGACUGAAACAAAAGAGCCCAAUCCCACGAAUAAGUGUAAGCCCCAUCAUAGUUUAACUUCAGUUCAUAAUUUUCAAUUUAGACACUCAAUAUCUCAA